AUGGACGCACAGGCAGAAGAUAUUGACCAGCAAGCCUCUGAAUUCAAUAAUGCUGCUGCCUUUUGCGCCUAUACCAUACGGCAAAUAUCUCAGUCCCAAUCUACAGCAACACCUCAAAUACUCAUUUUCACUGAGAUUAGCUCUGAAUGGGUAGAUGAAAUAGUCAAAACUCUACAAGAUGGAGAUCUUAAAACUAGCUUUUCGUACAACUCAAGUACAAAAGUCUUUCAACUGAGAACCAUGACAACGGCCAUCGAAUGCAGCGAUCAAAAAUGGUGCUACUCUGCUUUAGCCAAAUGGGUGACAUCGGGGCUCAUUACCAUAGAUGAGCAUUUUCAACUUGCUGGGCUGGGAAAUACUCUGAUUGAGUUUACCUCUGGUCCAUAUGUUGGAUCAAAAAAAGUGGCUCAUUUCAUGAUCCAACAACCGGGUGCCUUAAUGCCACCCUUGGUCUUUGAAUCAGGGAGGGAACCUCUUCGACGUCUUCGUGAUGACAUGAAUCUUUGGAUUGUGGGGGGCGCUGGUGACGUUCACGCAGUUAUCAUCACCAAGUGGAGCCAGGUUGCCGGGACAAACCAGGUUAAUGGUUUUGUCGAAUCGUAUACGUUGGGCAGAGAUGGGACGCCCCGGUUUGGACAGAGAGAGCAAGUCUUCCCCAUUCCAGCCGGGACGCUGCCAGGAACGCAGAAAAUCCGACUGACCCGACGGAUGGUCUUUGGCAGAAGACCGAGUCCUGGUCAGAACCCGCGAGAUGUGUUUGAAUUGGAUGUCGACAUUCUGCGCAUACAUGCCAGUGGCAAUUUGAGCCGGAUGGGGCUGAGACCUGCUUAG